AUGGAUACCAUAAUGGAAUGCGCCGACUCGCGUCAUUUAUGGGGUUCGCUCGCAGUUAUCGUCGCAUCAUCACUCGCACUACUCCUAUAUCGCGUCGUAUGGCUUCCCUAUCGGCUCGUCGUCGCAUGCAAACGACAAAACAUUCCGUUCCUGCCGUUCCGGCCUCUCAUUGGCCAGAUCCCUGAACUACAGUCGCAGUGGCAAGUCAUGGAGCCCAUUUCGCCUGCCACGUCAGCACCGCUCGGGCCCGAAACGGUCACUCCGCUGCUGUGCGACUGGAUUGCGCGAUUCGGGAAGGUGUUCGGAUUCGCUGCCGGCCCGCAACCCGCGCUGGUGCUUGCGGAUCCGGAUUUGGUGCAGCAGGUGCUCAUCGGACGGUCGGGAUGCUUCCAGAAGAUGCCGGCCGUGCAACUCGCGCUGAGCUUCGUGGGAGACGGUUUGCCGUUUGUUGACGGCGAAGAGUGGCUGCGGCAGCGCAAGGCCGUAAAUCCAUCUUUCAGCCAUGGCGCCGUCAAGCACGCGCUCUCCGUGAUGAACCGCCAGGCGCGCAAGGGGGUCGCGCGCCUGCUGCAGCGAAUCGCACAAGAAGGGCAGAAGGCGGAAGAGCGCACGGCGGAAGGAGGGCGCGCGGCGGAAGGGGCGCGCAAGGCGCAAGCGGGGCGCGAGGUGGAAAUUCAGGAGGUGCUAUUCGCGGUGACUCUGGACGUUAUCGGGCUCGCCGUGCUCGGCGCCGCCGUCAGCGGCGGCCGCGGCCGCGCCACCGCUGGCGUGAGCACCCUGGACGCGGGGAACGCGGCUGCAGAGGCGGCGGCGGAUGCGGAUGCGGAGGGGGAAGAGGAGGGCUGGGAGGGGGAGGAGGAGGAGGUGGGGGGAGGGGCGAUUGUGGAAGGAGGAAAGGGGGAAGGGCAGCGGGGAGUGGCGGGGAUAUACACGGUGCUGCACUCGCUGGUGAUUAAAGCCAUUGCACGGUUCUUCUCCGGCCGGGUCUUCAUCCCUCUCUACACACUCCUCCCCACGCCUGAGAACCGCACGCUGUGGGCGGUGGAGCAGCGGUUCCGCCAGCUGUUUGGGGAGCUGAUCGCUCGCAGGGCGCAUGGGGGCGCGCAGGGGCGGCUGGGGAAGGACAUUCUGGCGGCGCUGCUGGCGGCGGAGAUGAGGCGCGAGGAGGAGACACUCGCUGCUGCUGCUGCUGCUGCUGCUGCUGCUGCUGCUGGCGGUGGUGUUGCCACUGCUGGUGCAACUGCCGGUGCUGGUGGUGGCGUGCUGUCGGCUGCGCUGGUGAACAGGGUUGUCAACCAGU